AUGGCGAGGCCAUCUCUGCCUCCAGAUAUGGUGCUUGCCUACAAGCAGUACAAGCAAGAUACCGAGAUCGUGGCGGGGUGGCUGGCAGAGAAGUCCGCCAUAGUAGGCUACAAGCCAGACACCGACUCUGCCUCCCAUGAAAAACGGACGAAGCUUAACACAAAAACUCACCGACCUGCUCGAGGUGCCGCCGAAAAUGCUCGCCGGUCUAAAGCAUCCAAGUCCAUCUACAUCCUCAAGACUGCCGAGUUGGUCGCGAUGGCCAAAUUCAUCGUCAAAGCACGGCCAAAGGUCACCCUCGGUCGAGCCAUACAAACAAUAUGGGAACGCACUAUUCGAGUCAGAAGAGAAUUUUCUCGCUGGUUUAAAAGCAAAGCUGCCAGCUGUGUUGUUGUCGACGAAAAGCACACUCACUUCGCUUCGCUUCUCGAACUUGCUCUCGAAACGCUCAAACCCUGCUACGAGACAGUGCAAAAAAAACCAAGACCUGCCCUCCAAAAGAAAGACCCCAACACAGCAACACCCCUCCGCCCCGUCACCAACAUCUUCCAUCAUCUUGAAGUCGAGGACAUACUUUCCGAAGAAGAGCAGGAUCAAGGAGACACAACAGUUGUCACAGGUCCUAGCACCAAGCCUGAGGGUCCUCGUGCUCGCAUUGACUUCGAUGACAAAGAGGCUGAGUCCGAAUUCCUGUUCGCCAUCUGGUCGUUCAUGCGAGAAGUCUUCGCCGUGCGAAUCUACGUUGCCUCUACCUGGCAACUGUAUGCUAGCGGCAACGUCGAACUGAUGCAGGCUGCCAGUGUCACCAACCUAGCAGUUGAUCUGGUACGCAGAGCUGAAGCUGAUUUUGAGGCCAGCCUGCAGCGCCCGCCGGCAUAUCCCGCCUCAAAAUAUCCCACCGGCUAUUUACCCUUGCUCAUCUUCAAACUUCAUAUGCCGCCCCCGGAUCGAUGCACAGUACCUUGUGACCCGGAUCUGCCCAUGGUGGUUAUCAUCUGCGGUUGCGCGAUUUGUGAUGUCCUCCUCUACAUACCCUGGGCCAUGGCCAGAUCGUACAUUCAGAUGCUCAAAGAGGAGCCACCAACAUUUCCGAGCUCCAACAAUGAUUUCCGCGUUCAAGUGCCGCCUUUUCCACCUUGCAGUAUUCGGGGCUCACAAUUCUACCACGCCCAAAACCCAAGCCAGAAAGCACAAGAGGAAUUGUCAGAGAUCUUGCCCAACUUCUCCCUGCUCUCGCUCAUGCUCCGAGGAAAGUUCAUCGAGGAUGAGAUUUUGCACGCCGCCAGACAUAUCCUUGAAAACCGCAACGCCCCGAUUUGGGUCAGCUUGGCCCUGCAAAUUCAGCUUGACAUUCAGAGAGUGGACGAAGUCAAGGCUGUCAGGGCAUUCCGGGAUCUGAAGCAGGCUUACGAAGUGAUCAAAUUUCGAGCUGAGGAGCACCACAAGUGGCGCAGGUCGCUCGGGUAUGAGAUAUGGGAGAACUCAUGGCACAACCAUGUUCAGACAGUGGUCGAUGAGUUCGGAGAAUGGAUCAAAGGCAAGAAUUGCGGGAAGUCAGAUGGCGAAGAGGUUUUGCAGUGGGUUGGCGCUGGAUUCAACGUGAAACAUGCUGUUAGAGCGAGUGGCAGGGUCCCCCUGCUGGAAUACUUCCCCGUCACCUGUGGCACGAUGAAAACCGAACUCCAACUGGAAUGGCACACUUUGGGGCUGAAGCUCGUCAACUGCACUGCCCAUGUCCCGAUGCUCUGUCACCUUUACAAUGCUCUGCGUAUAGUUGACCCAAAGGCGCCUGUCUGGCCGGACAUGGAGCUACUCAUCCGCAACCAGAGCCCGAGGAAAAUCUUCACGGGUGGUCGCCCUAAGACGCUCGUUCAAGCGCGAAAUAGGUUUCUCCUCAGCAUUGGAAUGUCGGCGACAAGCCUAGCCAAAGACUCUCGCGGAAUGCGACUCAAGAAGGACAACCCUGGGUUACGACAAUAUGAACAAGCUCCGAUUGCUCAGAACCUUUUCUAUCGUUGGAUGGGUCAAGAGACGCGGAAGAUCGACGAGGCUGCGUACCAGCUGCAGAAGCUACUUUUUAGCCGCAAAUAUCAACAAGACCUUGAGCGCAGUCUCUAUGUGAACAUCACACCUCCAGCACACAACUCUACUCACAGAACGGUUAUAUCACUGCAGACUAAGAUGGUCCGGACUCUGGCGAGGCUGUCUGACGGCUUCACAGCCGAAAUGCCAGCGUUAAUGUUUGACUUCUUCUCGAUGGAGCGACGAUGCGUUACCACCUUUGUACAUCUUGCAGAAAGUUUCCGAAAGAUGAAUGAAGGCAGUCAGUCCUCUACCAGCCCGGACCAGACAACAGCUGUCAGUCCUGUUAGAGUGACACUGCAAAUUUUUGGUGCUUCGGUGGAUUCUGAGAUUGUGGCCCGCCGUGUGGGUUCCAAAAAUAGGGCCGAGAACAGAGCUCGAGGACCGGUGGUGGCGAAGCAGAUGAAAUCAAUGUUGUCGGCGGUUCAGGACGAAGAUAGCCAGGCUUACUUGAGUCAGGCUUUGACACUCAUCCGGAAUGGACGGAUAGGCGAGGUGUUUGGAGAACACAUCGACCUUUCUGAAAACGCGCCUGCAGCGGAGAUUUUCAGACCUGUCCGUUCAGUUGUUGAGAUGCUUUUAAGCCAGGAGAAAGGAAAAGUCGAACUUGGAAAAUUGCGGAGGCUGGUUGGAACGAAGGACUAUGGGAUCUUUCUCUUUCGCCAUUCGAGCCUCAAGGCGUUGUAUGGUCCCGGGAAAGACAGAAGCUGGAAGGACUUUGUGGUUGCAGAGAGUGUCAUCGAGGAGGCAAGGUUGCGCAAGGCUGACAACCCAGUCUUGUACUUGGCUGCGAUGGUCUUUCUCCAGCAGAAGAAAGUCAUGUGCGGUGCAGGUGAAGAUUCUCAUGAGAAGAGCGGCCUUCGAUCGUACAGUGUCAAGGACAUCGAACAGGAAGUCCGAGAAGAAUGGUUCAACGGUGGUCCAUGCCACUGGGAGGAUGUCGCUCAGACAGAUAAAGAAGACUGGGAAAAAUUCGAAGGGAUUUACGGUAAGGAAGGCCGACUCGCUUCCCAGCGAAAGAAAAAGUGA